AGAUUUCAGAAUAGGUGCUCGAGUAUUUGAUUUGAUUUCGUUCUUCGAUUCAUCUUAUCAAUCUUUAUCGUUCACUAUCAAUUAAUUUGAAGCUUAGUACAGUGAUUUAUUUUUAUAGUGACUUCUUUUCAGUAUAAAUAAAAAUAUCAGAGUAAUAUAAGCAGCAAAGCGAAUAGUGUCUGAAGAUUUAAUUUAAUAACAAGCUUACAUAAACAUCUACAAUGUCUAACAAUCGUAAUAAAUACGAAAAAGCUCGGAGACGUCUAGCUGCAGUAACAUUUUUGUCAAAUAUAUCGUUAGAUGGCAAGAUAAGAGAUACGGAGUUAGCCCAAGUAGUGAAUAAAACAUCUAGAUAUGAUAAAACUGAUUCAGCUCCUAAAACUGUGGAUGGCAACAAAGAUAAAGAUGUAACACUGAGAAACAGUGUUCGUAAUAAGAGUAAGGUACCUCAGUCAAGUCCAGUGCACCGUGUUGGAAAUGAUACUCAUUCCCUUAGUUCAGACUCAGAACACACAACAACAAUAACACCUGUCAAAGCUGUAAAUAGUUCAUUUAUCAGAGAAAGGUGUUCUUCAGGGACAACAGAGUCAUUUAAAGACAAGCAUGCUUCAUUUAAGUCUAGAAAAAAUCACAUUGUAUCCCUGACUGGUGCUAAUGCAGAUGACAAGAGCAGUUCAGAGAGUCUUAAUUUUGGUAGAUUUAGAACAAGUAGCACUUGUAUACCUGAAAAUCAUGCUUUAGUCAAAGAAGUUCGGCUUGUGCGCCCAACUAAAGGAGUGUCAUUCAAAGAUGAGAGGCUUGCUAUAGUACCAGGACAGGGUGUACCUUGUGUUAUUUUCAGCACUAUUCCAUACUCCAAGACAGUUCGCAAUGCACGUUCUGAUCUCAGAAAGGAUGGUGUAAGGAGGAGGAAUACAUCAGGGCCAAGGCCCCUAUCAUCUAUAACAGACAAUGGAGUGGAUCCCUUUGACCUGCUUGGCCUGGAAAAAGAAGAAAAUGGCCAAGAAAUAUCUUACUCAAAACUUUUGGUGCCCUCCAAAGUAUGUACACGGGAACAGUACAAGAAAAUGUAUGAAGGUGACUUUACAGAAAAAUCUAGUUGGAAAAUAGCUAACAGACACCCACAUGUUAUAGCAAGGUGUUUUUCUUAUGAGUCAUCUCAGAGGACGGCUAUACCAUCUUCACCCCCACACUCUUCAGUGGAUAUUAAAUCGUUUGAUUGGGACGAGGGAACGUUACUAUCGCAAAAAUAUCUUCAGUACUGUCCAAACGUAUUAGAUGAUCCGGAGCUCAUAGCUGGAAAACACAGAACAUUGUUAACAUUUACAUCAUAUAUGACGUCUAUUAUUGACUAUGUCCGACCACAAGACCUCAAAAAGGAGUUGAAUGACAAGUUUAGGGAAAAAUUCCCUCAUAUAAAGUUAACUCUGAGCAAGCUGAGGAGCAUCAAAAAAGAAAUGCGUAAGAUCGCUAAGCACGACAGCGGAGGAAUCGAUUUACUGUCUGUCGCACAAGCGUAUGUUUAUUUUGAGAAGUUAAUACUUGCUAAUCUUAUCAACAAAGACAAUAGAAAACUAUGUGCUGGAGCUUGUUUACUACUUUCUGCUAAACUCAAUGACGUCAAAGGGGAAGCGUUAAAAUCACUAAUAGAGCGCAUUGAAACUACGUUCCGAGUGAAUAGAAAAGAUUUGAUGAGAUUCGAAUUCGCAGUCUUAGUGGCUCUGGAGUUUGGCCUACACGUACCGCCUUAUGAGGUGUUCCCUCAUUAUCAGCGCUUGCUCCACGACUCGUGACCUUGGCGAAGACUGGCCUUCGAGCCAUGUGUCCGGGUCUGUCACCGCCGGCGAGCCACCAUCGUUGACAACUUACUAGCAAGUUCCUGGAUAUAAAAUAUAAAAGUACCGCGAGAAAAACGUUAUAAACGUUGCCGGUGGUUUUAAAGUGACGGACGAUAUCUAAUUAACUAAGGUAGUUUGAUAGUCUAACAAUAAUAGGUACUUUAAGUUGCCUAUACACGGGUAAAAUGUGGCUUAGCCAGGUAUUCUGAAUUAAAUUGACCUAAUUAGACCGUUGUGAUCGAGAUGAGUUAGAAAUUAAUUUAGCCUUAGUAAGAUAGUUUGCAAUACAUGUAAUGUCUAACAUGUAGAAAUAAUUACAGAGAACAAUGCGGAAGAAUUUGUGGUACGGGCAUGAAAUAUUGAAUCGAAGCAUUUUCGCAAUUACAGGUUUAUGACGCUUAUUAAACUUACGAUAAGUAGAUAUUAAUAUAAACUAAGUAGUCAUGUAUAUUCUGUAUCUAUCGUCGUUGGCUAAGUAGGGUAAAGGUGAAUAGAUAUUUAGUCAUUAAAGUUGUUCGUGUAUAUCUAAUACAUUUAUAUAUUUAACCUGUUAUAGCUAUAGCUGAUACAUUCUCUUCUGUAACCAUCUCAAUUUAUAUUUAUAAGAAGUUCACUAUUCACAAGAUUGUUCUGCUCAAGCAUUCUCUAUUGUUAUAAUUUUGGAAAGGGACCUUGAUCAAUUCAAGUUAGUGAAAGAGUCAUAAUAUAUAUAGGACGAUAUGAUGGUUAUGAUUAUGAUGGCAUGCCUUAAGUUAGAAAAAGUAAUGAAUAGGUGCACAAACAAAACUAUUAUUUACGCAAAAUUUAACAUGAAACCUAAUCAUACUUAAAAAUUGGUUAAGAUAAGUGAUAUGGUAAGUGUCAUGAAUAUAUCAUGUACUUUCUUAGGUAAAGUCAACCAUGGGCUAGUGGUAUUUUAGAAAAAACCUAAAAUGAACUUUCCUUGAUAUGAAAGCGUAUUUUAAUAUGUAAUUGUUAUCUCUAGCCACUAAAGCACAGGCCAGGCAGGCAAUAAUAUAUAUUAGUUCCUAACGAUAGAAAUUAGAUCGUAAUUUUAUUUUUUAACAUUACUUUUUCAUGUUAAGUAGUGGGUUCCAAAUACUUGAAUUUUUAAACUAAACAGACUAGUUCACAAGUGUAAACCAGUUCAGGGUUGUGUUCAAUGUUGCUCAUUAAAUUUGAUAUUAAGGAGAUGUAAAAUACAAAGACGAAGAAAGACCUUCAACAAGCCCCACAUAUAAACUCUAUAUAGGAACGUACCUAUGUCUAAAUCUUGCCUACAUAGAUUUGAGAAUUAAGCCAAAAGGUGCAACUGUGAUAUGAAUAUAUUAAUCUAAGUAAAUGUAAUAACUGAUAGAAAUCAUGUUGAAGAAUCAAAAUAUUUUCAGUAUUUUUGUUUUUUUUAAGUAAAGUAGUUUAAGGCGGUAUUGUUAAAACACAUGCAUGAAAGAAUUAAGAAUUGGUAUUUAUUGCUAAGGUGUUAUUGUAAAAGUUAUGGUGUGAAAACUAAAGUUUGUUUCAAUAAAAUCUCAAAAUCGAA